GAGCCAAACCGCCUCUUUGGCCAAACCACCCGGCCUCGCCUCGCCCGCGGCCCGUCUCGUCCCUUCUCGCCGCCGCCGCCGCCGCCGCCGAUGGGCUCCGAGGAGGAGCCGUCGCAGAUGCGGCGGGCGCUGGUGGACUCGCUCGCGGGCGCCAUCUCCGGCGGCAUCUCCCGCACCGUCACCUCCCCCCUCGACGUCAUCAAAAUCCGCUUCCAGGUUCAGUUAGAACCCACAACCUCAUGGGGUGUUCUUCAGAGGGAUGUAUAUGGACCUUCCAAGUACACUGGGCUUCUGCAGGCAACUAAAGAUAUUCUCAGAGAGGAAGGUUUGCCGGGAUUUUGGAGAGGAAAUGUACCUGCUCUGUUGAUGUAUAUGCCUUAUACAGCCAUACAGUUCACUGUUCUACACAAGCUAAAAACAUUCGCUUCUGGUUCAUCUAGAACAGAGGAUCAUUUGCACUUGAGCCCUUACUUAUCCUAUGUAAGUGGAGCUCUAGCAGGAUGUGCAGCAACUAUAGGGUCAUAUCCAUUUGACCUUCUGAGAACUAUUCUUGCAUCUCAGGGUGAACCAAAGGUUUACCCCACUAUGAGGUCUGCAUUUGUUGAUAUAAUCAAAACUCGUGGUGUUCAAGGGCUUUAUUCUGGUCUAUCUCCAACUCUUGUUGAAAUCAUACCAUAUGCUGGCUUGCAAUUUGGUUCAUAUGACACUUUCAAACGUUCGAUGAUGACAUGGAACAGAUAUAGAUAUUCACAUCUUAACUUGGGUAGCGAGGAUGAUUCAGUAUCAAGUUUCCAGCUGUUUCUUUGUGGUUUUGCAGCUGGGACAUUUUCAAAGGCUGCAUGCCACCCACUUGAUGUUGUAAAGAAAAGAUUCCAGAUUGAAGGACUAAAAAGACAUCCAAGGUAUGGAGCUCGAAUCGAAAGCAGUACAUAUAAGGGCAUGUACCAUGCCUUAAAAGAGAUCGUCGCAAAGGAAGGGUUCGGAGGCCUUUAUAAGGGGCUUUUCCCCUCUUUGGUGAAAUCGGCCCCUGCUGGUGCUGUGACGUUUGUGGCCUAUGAAUACAUCUCAGACUGGUUAGAGUCGAUACUGAUGUGAAAAUCUUCGAUACAGUAAAGUCUUUAUCCCCCAGUUUUUCUGUUACUGCCUAUGUUCUUUCUCCGAUCUCCAUGCUGUUGUAGACUCGGAGUAGUGUAGUCUGAAAGAGGCUGCAGUUCCUCUGGAUCUUGCAGUCCAAUAAAGGUUAGGGAACCUGCUAAAAUCUGCUGGAUGAUUCUAUGUGCUGCUGUGUGUGCAUGAUAGUUCGCCUGCAAAGCAGUCGCUGAACCUGAAACUGGUUUGCAGGAUUGGGAGCAAGGCUGGAGUUGAGUGAGUUCUUUUUGGAUUAUGGAGCGAUCAAGAUACCAUCUUGAAAAUGUUUUCCCACACUCUGGAAUGUAGGCGGAUGGAGACCACAAGGUCAAUCAUGAAGUGCAUACAUUUCCUUAGAGAUCGGAUACCUGUAAAGCCUUACAUAGAAGAGCUGUUUUGUCGUUUCUUGUUCUUUUUGCCCCCAUUGCCUAAUGUGGUGAUAGUGCAUUCGUUGGUCUGUAACACCGAGGCUGAGUAAAACUGAUGUAGAGAUCGUGACACAUGACGAAAGUCAAAAGCAGCCGGCAGUUUUGUCGAGAUCGUGUUACGAUUCUUUUUCCCCCCCUGCUGAAGUCAUGUUAUCGAGUAAGUAUGAACAAACAUUGUAUGCCACUAAGCUGGCUUAUGAUAAGGCAAUCGUAACUCACCAAACCAUUUGUUGCC